GGAAGUGCUUCCGCCUUCCUCCUCGUCCAAUCCGCUGAACCGGUCGCCGUCACGACUCCGGAAGGAUUUCUCCAGGCCGCCGGAUGUGACGUAAGGCCAAGGCGCGCCGGAGGCCACGGAGAAAGCGCCGAGAAGGCGGGCCCCGCCUGAGAUCUGGCAGUCAGUGACAGAGCCGGGCGCCCACUGCCCAAGCGUCAUCAACAGCAUCAUGCCCGCACUCCUGGAGCGCCCCAAGCUUUCCAACGCCAUGGCCAGGGCUCUGCACCGGCACAUCAUGAUGGAGCGGGAGCGCAAACGGCAGGAGGAGGAAGAGGUGGACAAGAUGAUGGAACAGAAAAUGAAAGAAGAGCAGGAGAGAAGAAAGAAAAAGGAGAUGGAAGAGAGAAUGUCACUAGAAGAGACCAAGGAACAAAUUCUGAAGCUGCAGGAGAAGCUGUCAGCACUGCAGGAGGAGAAGCACCAGCUUUUCUUGCAGCUCAAGAAAGUUUUGCAUGAGGAAGAAAAACGGAGGCGAAAGGAACAGAGUGACCUCACCACUCUGACGUCAGCUGCCUAUCAGCAGAGCCUGACGGUUCACACAGGGACUCACCUCCUCAGCAUGCAGGGGAGUCCCGGAGGACACAACCGUCCAGGCACUCUGAUGGCAGCUGACAGAGCCAAGCAGAUGUUUGGACCCCAAGUGCUUACGACCCGGCACUACGUGGGAUCAGCAGCUGCUUUUGCAGGGACCCCAGAACAUGGACAGUUCCAAGGCAGUCCAGGGGGUGCUUAUGGGACUGCCCAGCCCCCACCUCACUAUGGGCCUACACAACCAGCCUACAGUCCUAGCCAGCAGCUCAGGGCACCGUCGGCUUUUCCUGCAGUGCAGUACCUGUCGCAGCCGCAGCCACAGCCUUACGCAGUGCAUGGGCACUUUCAGCCCACGCAGACAGGGUUCCUCCAGCCUGGGGGUGCCCUGUCUUUGCAAAAGCAGAUGGAGCACGCCAAUCAGCAGACUAGCUUCUCUGACUCAUCUUCUCUACGGCCCAUGCACCCCCAAGCUCUGCACGCAGCCCCGGGGCUCCUGGCCUCCCCCCAGAUCCCUGUGCAGAUGCAAGCAGCAGCAAAGGCUUUGCCACUACCAGCCAGCCUGGCCCUCGACUUCCCUUCAUUCAACACAGCCAGAACCCACGAUUCUACCACAAGUAACCUCCAGCUAACUCCAACGCACCCUCCAUCCCUCAGGGUGGGGGGCUCUUCCUAUGCACCCCAAACCAAUAAACUACACCCACUGCCACUGCCCGACUCUGCGUCUGCUUCCCGCUAGCUGCCUAACCCACAGGCCGGCCUGGCCGCCAGCAGCAGCCUCGGCUCCGUUCUAAAAGCUUCUUUCCACCAGCAAAUAAACAACUGAGGUGAGGCUUCAUAUUAAACUUGUAGUUUUAUUCAGGUUUGAUUUUUAACAAAUGUGUCAGGGAGAGAGCCUGAAGGGAAGGGUAAAGCCCAUGGGGGCAAGGCCCUCCCAGAUGCCUGAGGAGGGAGCGUGCCCCUUCACCCCACCUCUGCUCACCACCCCUAAAGGGGUUUGGGAAGAGACACAGGCAGGGAAGGGGGCUGGUCCCCAGUCUGUACAAGUGGUGCUUGGGGGUGACGGACUAUGGAGACCAGGGGGCCAGACCAGGGAUAAAGAAAUAAAGGGCACAAGACCAUUUGCCAGAAUCCACAGCUUUCUGAUUCCAAAGUGAAUUAAAAAGUAAAGGGAGGGGAGCCGAAACCACACGCAGCACCCACUCCCUUUCCCCACACCAGGGCUGCAGGGGAAGAGGUGGGUAGCUUCAUCAAGGCCAUGGCUCCCUCAUUCCUGGCCAGGGGAGCUAAGUGAGGGGCAGGGUCUCCCCGACAGUUUGAAGGGGUGAGGAAAACCAAAAUAAAACGUCAAAUAAAUUGUAUAGGAGUCCAGCCAAGGGCCCAGCCAGAGUAGAACCUGGCUGGGGGAGGGCCUCUGUAGGCUCUAGGAUCACUGCUGCCACCACGCCACCCUGAGCAAAAAAAAAAAAAAUAAUAAUAAAAAGAAAAAUAAAAAAUUAUGUUUAAGACAGAACAGUACCAGGAUGAAAGGAGCAGACCAGGGGCAGAGAGAGGCCAGUGAAAGUGAGAGUGAGUGAAGAGCAGGGAACACCGCCACACCCGCCACACUCACCUAGGAGCCAUUAUUUUGCCAUGGCCUUGAUUGCAACAGCUGCCUCCUCUGUCAUGGCA